GAUGGUGUUACAGCAGGCUUUACAUUUCCGUAGCCCUGCUCCACCACCUACCACAGUGUUACGGGGACCUCCUCCGUUACUACGACCCCCACCUCCACCCUUCAGCAUGAUGAGAGGACCUCCACCACCCCCUAGACCCCCUUUUGGUAGACCAAUGUUUGACACCAAUAUGCAACCGAUACCCCCACCUAUUGGAUCCCCUCACCUGCAGAGGCCGCCGUUCAUGCCUCCACCCAUGAGUAACAUGCCUCCUCCUCCUGGUAUGAUCUUUCCACCUGGAAUGCCUCCAUCACCAGGAACUGGAGCGGUGUCCAGCUUGACUAGUGAUGAAAUCUGGGUAGAGAACACCACACCAGAAGGAAAGGUAUAUUAUUACAAUGCCCGGACACGAGAGUCGGCCUGGACCAAACCAGAGGGAGUAAAGAUCUUCCAGCAGUCGGAGCUCAAUCAUCCAAUGGCAGCUCAGUCUGGAGGAGCUGCAGCGGCUCCUAACAGCACUGCCUCUACUCCAGCUUCCUCCAGCAGCUCUACCACGGUUGUGCUCGAGCCAGUCUCCCCCACCCUCACCCUGAGCACCAGUCCUGACCCCAGCACCAGUCCAGCCCCCGCUGCCUCCCAACCCUCCACCACUUCUGUUGUUUCUGAGAUGCUUACAGUGGCCUCUACACCUCCGGCUAGUGUAGGCAUGAGCCCUGUUACUGUGGUCAGUGUUCCUACAGUAACCACUACAGUCACUGCAGUGCAGACAAUGCCUCUGUUGCCUCAAAGUCUCCCUCCUGGCCUGCCCAUGGCCCAGCCAGCCACUGCAAUUCCAGCAUUCCCUCCGCUCAUGGUCCCUCCAUUCAGAGUGCCCCUACCUGGCAUGCACAUCCCACUGCCUGGUGUGCUGCCAGGGAUGGGCCCUCCACUAGUACCCAUGAUGCAUCCCCAGCUAGCUUUCACUGCAGCUCCUGCAUCUCUUAGGGGGGCUCUUCCACUUCCAGAAUGGUCGGAGUACAAGACAGCUGAUGGGAAGAUGUAUUAUUAUAACAAUCGCACUCUGGAGUGCACCUGGAAAAAACCUGCUGAGCUAAAGGAGAGAGAUCAGGACACUGACAAGACUAAAGAUGGCCAUAAUGAUGAUUUAGUUUUAAAGGAUAUAGACAUGGAAGCCAAAGCUCACAGCUUUGGUGGUUCUCAGUGGCUGCCCAGGGAAGAAGAGAUGACCGAGGAGGCAAAAGCAGUUCAGAAGGGAAAACCUGUAGCCACAAACCCAAUUCCUGGUACUCCCUGGUGUGUAGUCUGGACUGGAGAUGACCGUGUGUUUUACUACAACCCCACCACACGCCUGUCCAUGUGGGACCGACCUGACGAGCUGGUGGCCCGUGCUGAUGUGGACAAAUACAUUCAAGAACCCUCCCACAAAAGGGGGCUAGAUGACAACAAGAAAAUAGGUUUCACCAAAGUGGACAUUGACACAACCAUAGAGGACACACUGGACGAUGAGCCUUCUAAGGCUAAGAAGUGGAAGAAGGACGAUGUGAAGGAGGCUGAUGCAGAGAAAGACGCGGCCGUGGAGGCUGAGCUGAAGGCUGCUCGUGAUCGGGCCCUCGUGCCCCUGGAGGCCCGCAUGAACCAGUUCAGGGACAUGCUGCUGGAGAGAGGGGUUUCAGCUUUUUCCACUUGGGACAAAGAGCUGCACAAGAUUGUGUUUGACCCUCGAUAUUUGCUGCUCAACCCCAAAGAGAGGAAACAGGUGUUUGAUCAGUACGUGAAGACUCGUGCUGAAGAGGAGAGGAAGGAGAAGAAGAAUAAACUCAUGCAGGCUAAAGAGGACUUCAGGAAGAUGAUGGAAGAUGCCAAACUCCACAAUAGGACCACGUUCAGUGAGUUUGCGGCAAAACACUCCAAAGAUCCUCGUUUCAAGACCAUUGAGAAGAUGAAGGACAGAGAGGCCAUGUUCACCGAGUUCAUGACCGCCUUGAGAAAGAAGGACAAGGAAGACUCCAGAAACAAAGUAGAGAAGGUGAAACAGGACUUCUUCGAUUUACUGUCAGACCACCAUGUGGACGUCUCUCAGCGCUGGGGCAAAGUAAAGGACAAGGUGGAGACGGACCCACGCUACAAAGCCGUGGAGAGCUCCGCUGCUAGAGAAGAACUGUACAAACAGUAUGUGGAGAAACAGGCGAAGAAUGUGGACGCAGAGAAGGAGAAAGAGCUGGAACGGCAGGCUCGUAUCGAGGCCAGUCUGAGGGAGAGAGAGCGGGAGGUGCAGAGAGCUCGAUCUGAACAAACCAAAGAGAUUGACCGAGAGCGAGAGCAGCAUAAACGAGAGGAAGCGGUCCAGCACUUUAGAGCACUCAUGUCAGACAUGGUAAAGUCAACGGAUGCUUCCUGGUCAGAAACCAGGCGCAAUCUGCGUAAAGAUCACCGCUGGAAGUCUGCUUCUCUGCUGGAGCGACACGAGAAGGAGAAAUUGUUUGAAGAACAUGUGGAGGCUCUUACCAAGAAGAAGAAGGAACAUUUCAGGCAGCUGCUGGAUGAGACCUCCACGAUCACACUAACCACCACAUGGAAGGAAGUCAAGAAGAUCAUCAGAGAUGACCCACGCUGCAUCAAGUUCUCCAGCAGUGAUCGAAAGAAACAACGUGAAUUUGAGGAUUACAUAAAGGACAAAUAUAUCACAGCCAAAGCUGACUUCAGAACUCUCCUGAAAGAAACCAAAUUCAUUACAUAUAGAUCACGGAGGUCGAUCCAGGAGUCAGACCAACAUCUAAACGAUAUUGAGAAAACUCUUCAAAAUGAUAAACGUUACCUGGUCCUAGAAUGUGUCCCAGAGGAACGCCGCAAACUAAUCAUGUUCUACAUUGAGGACCUGGACCGCCGGGGACCCCCACCUCCCCCAACCGCCUCAGAACCCAGCCGCCGCUCCACAAAGUGAAGCCCUAGAGGACCUUAGAGGACUGAGCAUGAGCCAGCCCUGCACUCAUCAUAGCACAGUGUUACAGACAUGUAUUUUUUUGAAACGUUGGUGUUAUCUAAUCAAACUGUGCAAGAUGAUGCCCUGUAUGCCCACUAAGUUGCAGGCUGGCACAAGGCAAAUUGUUAACGUCAAUCUAUUAACUUCAUUCGUCAGGCAGCGAAUGCAUUUGUACUUGUUACUUGCACUUGGUACUGCAGCCUCUUGUUGAGAGUCUUGUGGAUUAUCAUUGUAACAGGCUGUUAAUACUGCAAGGCCAAUGCAGACUGUGUGAAAUGAGUCGUGUACUUUGCAGUACAUGUAAAAUGUCUGUUAAAGUGGUUUAAUUUGGACUUGUUGCUAUAUUUCUGUAUGUGUUGACUGGAAAUAAAUGCAACCUUUUUUCUUUUUUUUUUUACAA